AUGUACGGAAUACGGUUCAUGAAUAGAAAUCAAUCUCCAAGCCAUAAGGAAGAUCGUGCCCAAUAUAACCAACCAUCAAAUGAGAGUUUGAUCACGGAGAAGAAAUUAUUCAUGAUUGAGUGCAAGAUUGAACUUCUAAAUAUUUUGCAAUCGUCAUCAAUUGAUCAUCAACCGACAAAUGGGAAUUUAUUAACAAAUAAUUGUAAUAGUAAUACUAAUAAUAAUAAUUCAUCAUCAUUGUCAUUAUCAGCUGAAGGGAGAAUUAAAUAUUAUUCGGAUCAGUUGGAGGAGGCUAAGAAGAUUGUGCAAGAUUUAAAGUUUAUCCAAUUGGUUAUGAAUGAAAGUAAUUUGGAUGUAUUGGAACGAUUAAAGAUUCAAGUUGUGGAUCCAGAGGAAGAAGAAAUGCAGAAAAUCUAA